AUGGUACAUGAAUCGGCUAACCAUACUGGAAAUGAAUUGCAACGUCUUAUACCUGAUGUUGCAAAUAAAAGUGUAUUAGUUGUUGUUAAUGAUGUUGAAAAUUCAAAAUCUUAUACCAGUCUUUUAUCAAACACUCAACAAUUAAUUGUUUUUACAGAAUCAUCUGAUACUUAUAAACAAAUCGAUGAACAAUUGAAAAAUGCAGAAAAAUCACCGAUAUUAAAUUGUGCUAAGUUUAAUAAUGCUGAAUUACAAGAUAAUUUAUUCGAUGUUUGUUUUCUUAUCAAAUCAUUUAAUCGAUUAAAUACCAAUGAAAAAGAAAAAAUGUUACAAAAUCUUUUAAAAACACUUAAAACUAAUGGUCAAAUAUUUGUUUAUGAAAGUGAGUGGUCAAAAGAUAAAGAAAGUCAUUCCAGUAAUCCAGUUGAUGUUAUUAAUCAUUUUCAUUCGGCUAAAUUAAGUGGAAAAGAAAACUUUAGUUUUGAAUUAGUUUUUGCACGACCAUUACGUAGUUUCGUUGAAGAGAAACAAGAAUCAUUCCAUUUAUGUUAUAUGUUUAAAAAAAUUGCCAAAGAAAAUGAUCAUUCAAAUUUUCAAGAUUUUCUUGAUCAACAACAAUAUACCACAAAUGGUGUUUUACGUUAUGAGAAAAUUUUUGGACCUGGCUUCGUAUCAACAGGUGGUCUAGAUACAACAAAGGAAUUUGUUGACUCACUUAAUCUUAAAAGUAAUCAAGUUGUUUUGGAUGUUGGUUGUGGUAUUGGUGGAGGUGACAUUUAUAUGGCUAAGACAUAUGGAUGUUCAGUAGUUGGUGUUGAUUUAUCUACCAAUAUGGUUAGCAUUGCUUAUGAACGAUCAAUGGAUACGGCAGCUAGUAAACUUAAGGUAUCAUUUGAAAUUGGCGAUAUAAUGCAUCAUGAAUUUGAACCAAAUUCAUUCGAUGUUAUCUAUAGUCGUGAUACAAUUUUACAUAUAAGCGAUAAGAUGACUUUAUUUUCUCGUCUUUAUAAUUGGCUUAAACCAGGUGGUCAAUUAUUUAUUUCUGAUUAUACAUGUGCACCAAAGAGUGAAUGGUCAAAAGAUUAUGAAGAUUACGUUAGUCAAAGAAGAUAUGUACUUUUAACUGUACCAGAAUAUGGCAAAGUCUUGGAAAGUGUUGGUUUUAAAGACGUUGAUGCUCAAGAUGCAACAGCAAAAUUUGUUGAAUGUCUUAAUAGGGAAUUAGUUCGAAUUGAAGCUAAUCGAGAUGAUUUCGUUAAAGAAUUCUCAAAUGAUGAUUAUGAACAUUUAAUCGAAGGCUGGCAUAGUAAACUUAAACGAACGGCAUCAGGUGAUCAACGAUGGGGAGUAUUUCGAGCACGAAAAUAA